CAAGCUCAGAAUAACGGCUCCCCUCAUCACUGUGGAGAAUCAGGGAGGACAGAGAGCAGCCGCUCUCCAACAUGGCUAAAGAAGGAGCAGAUAUGACAGAGGAAACCGAGUAUAUGAUAGACAGAAAUGCGGGUAAAGAGGCGCUGAGCGCUGAAUCACCCAUCAACGCCAAAGAAAUGCGAGCUGUGGUCCUGGCAGGUUUCGGAGGUCUAAACAAACUCCGGGUAACCAAGAAGGCAAUGCCUGAGCCCCAGGAUGGUGAAGUGAAGAUCCGCGUCAAAGCAUGUGGCUUGAAUUUCCUGGACUUGAUGGUACGGCAGGGGAAUAUUGAUAAUCCUCCAAAAACUCCCCUUGUUCCUGGAUUUGAGUGCUGUGGAAUCGUGGAGUCUGUGGGCGAAAACACUCAGGGAUUUGAGAUAGGUGACAGAGUUAUGGCGUUUAUGAACUAUAAUGCCUGGGCUGAGGUGGUUUGCACACCGACGGAUUUUGUUUACAAGAUGCCUGAUGAGAUGAUGUUUGCAGAGGCAGCAGCCUUCUCUCUGAACUUUGUGGCUGCGUACAUUAUGCUUUUUGAAGUCGCCAGUCUACGGGAAGGAAUGUCGGUUCUGGUCCACUCAGCUGGGGGUGCAGUGGGACAGGCUGUGGCCCAGUUAUGCUCCACUGUACCUAACGUAACUGUGUUUGGGAUCGCUUCCUGUUUUAAACACUCGUCCAUCAAAGACUCUGUGACGCACCUCUUCGACAGGAACACGGACUACAUACAGGAAGUCAAAAAGAUGUCUCCAGAUGGAGUUGACAUUGUGCUGGACUGCCUGUGUGGCGAAAACACAGGGAAAAGCUUGAGUCUGCUCAAGCCGCUGGGAACCUACAUCCUCUAUGGCGCAUCAAACAUGGUGACUGGGGAAACAAAGAGCUUCUUCAGUUUUGCAAAAUCUUGGUGGCAGGUGGAAAAGGUGAAUCCAAUUAAACUUUAUGAGGAGAACAAAGUUAUAGCGGGAUUCUCUCUCCUCAACCUUCUCUUCAAACAAGGAGGAUGUCAUCUUGUAAAAUCAGUGAUGGACAAACUAUUGCGUCUCUAUGAAGAGAAGAAGAUCAAGCCUGUAGUGGACUCCCUGUGGGCUCUGGAGGAGGUGAAAGAGGCAAUGCAGAGAAUUCAUGACAGAGGCAACAUUGGUAAACUCAUUCUGGAUGUGGAGAAGUCUCCUACCCCUUUGAUGGCCAACGACAGCACAGAGACCAGUGAAGCAGGAGAGGAAGAGGAGGAUCCUGAAGGAGAUAAUGACAGCAAGGAACGGAUGCCUUUUAUCCAUUAGUCGCUGUAAGCCACUGCUGCUCACCUAGAGACUGAAUAGAUUCACCAGAGGAACCUAACCCGUGUGUAUAUAUGUCUGCAUGUCUUGUGUGCAUGUAUGCAUUUGUUUUUGUUUUUUUCUUUUUCUUUUGUCUGUUACCUAUUACUUGUAAUUAGAUUUGGAAAAUAAAUAUAUCCUGUUAGUA